AUGUCUUCGUCCUCCAGUUCAACGGCUUUGCUACCGCAGUACCCUGCCACAUACUCGGGAAUCCCAGAGAGACUAUUGAACAAAGCAAUUCGGGAGAAGUCAAGACUGUGGGAAAACCAAACCAAGGAAGACCAGACCCUCAGGAAAAGAGGCCUGGCCAUCCCUGCUGGUAUUGGCCGCUCGGACUUCCUCAAAGCAUUGAAUGAUUUGGCGAAAGCUCUAGGGGAGGAGCACGUUGUAUUGAACGACAAGCCCCUUGAGGAUGGAUGGUAUUUGGAGCACCCCAAUACGCACGAUUCCUACAUGAUCAUGGACGCCGAAGAGACAGUGUCGUCAGCUUGCGUCUACCCAGGCAAUGUGCAGGAUGUUCAACUUGUGGUGAAGUGGGCAAAUCAACAUCUUGUCCCCCUAUAUCCAAUCUCUAUGGGACGAAACCUGGGAUAUGGAGGUGCCGCACCGCGCGUGCGUGGCUCAGUUAUCGUCGACCUUGGCAGACGAAUGAACAAGAUCUUACAUAUUGAUCCAGAUGACUGUACCUGUCUGGUUGAGCCGGGUGUUUCAUUCUAUGCUCUGUACGAGGAGAUCAAGAGGAAGGGAUACACCAUGUGGGUGGAUACGCCCGACCUUGGAGGAGGCUCAAUCAUCGGCAACACUCUCGAACAUGGAGUUGGCUACACGCCAUAUGGAGAUCACUGGUCGACUCAUUCGGGGCUGGAAGUAGUUCUUCCCACUGGCGAUCUGCUCAGGACAGGCAUGGGGGCUCUCCCUGGCAACAACACUUGGCAGACGUUUCCUUAUGGAUUUGGGCCGAUUUCAGAUGGGAUCUUUUCACAGUCGAACUUUGGAAUAGUCACAAAAAUGGGUGUUGCUUUGAUGCCAGAUCCAGGCGGCUGCGAAAGCUUCGUGAGUGACCUGGGCUUCCUGACCUUGACCUCUCGUGGACCAACUGACUCUCAAAAGAUGUAUACGUUUCAGCGGGAAGAUGAUCUGCUGCAAUUGAUCGAUAUUGUUCGACCUCUGAGAAUCGCCAACUUGCUCGAGAAUGUCGCCCAAAUCCGACACAGCACCGUCGAGUUGGCAGUUUCUGGGCUCCCACGAUCACAUUACUAUCAAGGAACUGGCCCUAUACCAGAGGAGGUGCUGCAGGCCAAUCUGGAGGCCACGCCGCUCGGGCGGUGUUCAUGGAUCUACUAUGGGACGUCGUACGGGCCUGAAAACAUUCGGAAAUACAAACUGGACAUUGUCCAUCGAGAAUUCACCAAGAUCCCCGGAGCCAAAAGGGUUGACCCUGACACACUGCCCAAGGACCAUUACUUCUGGUCACGGGCCAAAAUAGCCGGGGGCGAACCAGACUUUGAAGAGCUAUCGUACAUGAACUGGGUGCCUAACGGCGCUCAUUUGGGAUUCAGCCCUGUGUCGCCGACUCGAGGCUCGGACGCGCUGAAAUUAUGGAAGAUAGCCAAGACGAGGCACGACGAGCACGGAGUCGACCUCUUUAUCGCGUUUUGCGUAGGGUUGAGAGAACUCCACAUGAUCAAUCUCAUAAUCUAUGACCGGGGCAGGCCCGGAAGGAGAAAGGCUGUCGAAAGCUGUAUGCGCUCGAUGAUUGAGGAUGCAGCGAAACAAGGUUACGGAGAGUAUCGGACCCAUCUUCUCUUCCAGGACCAAGUCGCCCGCACAUACAGCUGGAACGACAAUGCUCUCAUGAAGUUCAACGAGAAACUCAAGGACGCCCUUGACCCGAAUGGCAUCCUCGCCCCGGGGAGAUGUGGUAUUUGGCCAGAGCGUUACCGAGGCCGAGGUUGGGAGAUUGGCAAGGACGGGAGGGAGACUUCCGAAGGGGACGGGGUGCGACCGGCUGGAGCAACUGUGAAGCUAUGA